CCCAUCCAGACCUUCCAGAUGCUGUCUUCCCUGUCUGCCUGUCCGCCUCCCUCGGCUGUCCUUCCAUCAAGUCCUGCACCCUGUCGUCCCGUCUCGUUCGAGCCUCUUUUUUCGCCCCCUCAGCCCCUCUGCCCCUUUGCCUACCGACGAGUGCUACGGCUUGUUUCUCCAGCGGUGGCUGAGUGCUCAUGAUCAUCAGUUACUGGUCGCUGAUCAUAUUCUUGCUGUCCACCGGGCUUCGUUCUUCCCUGAAACGGCCUGCGCUUUGCAAAUACCACGCGUGCCGUCAGUCGGACGAGGCACUUCGAAUGGCACGCACCCAACCACCCUGCCUCAGCACGGCAGCACGGCAGCACGGCAGUGCCCUACACCACCGAGUGCACUUGUUUUUUCCUUUCUUUUUGACUCAGUCUCGGCCAGCCCAGGCGGACUCCGCAACCCGCAGCGGUGUAGGGCGCAGCAUGCAGUUCCAGAGUCCAGAGGCCAGAGUCCAGAGUCGACAGCCAGAUGUGUCCAUGUCAGCUACUGUGCACUGGUGCGGGCGCAUGGUUCUAAUGGUGUAAUUUUCACCCUCACCAGUGGGCAUGACCGACGCCCCCAGCGCGCCAGUGCUGUGCCGCACCGCGCUUCCUUGACGCGAACCAUGCCACAGGAACCACAGGAACCACAGGAAACCCACCCGGCUGGAAUCUUGCCUCCAAGUCCACCCACCCAGGCCACCAAGCUGUGAUGCAUGCCGCCCGUUUCGGCAAGUCGGCUGCGUCACUCGAGCAAGGCCCACAAGCCAUCAGGCCAAUGAUAUCUCGUAGCCCGCCUCAUAGCUUUCCACACCUCAGCCCAUCAACCACGCUAGCAUGGGUCUCGACACUGCAACAAGCCAUCUACAGGCCCUCGUUGAUUCUCUAGACGGCUACUCUUUGACUUUCUCGAAGGGUCUCGGUUUCCAAAUUCGUACGAGUCUCAUUCCGGGGUUCUCUGAGGCCACUCUUCCGGGGAACCUGUGAGACACGGAUAGCCCAGCGGGGCGGCCUGCCUGCCAUCGUCCCAGCCCUGGGUUCUCACGAUGCUAGCCUCACAUGUCUGAUAUCUUACCCCAGAAGGUGUCUUUGGAGAUCUUCAGGGGCAAAGGCUGAGGGCCUAAGUCAUGCAGAAGCACUAUUCGGGUCAGGUUUCGGCACCGGUGCCCUGUUCAACAAGUCUCCCCCAGGCUCAUUCGCUGAUCCGGCUGCGAUCUCGCCAGCAUCCGUGAAGCGCUAUGCUGUCGCCGGCAUGGUUGGCGGCCAUUAUGACGGAGAUGUCUCUGUUUCAAGGGCACAAAGAGAUGUUCUUAGGACCCGGUUUUGACAGGGUCAAGGACGGAGAGGUCUCGGUAGAUGGAAGCCAUGACGACGUCCUCCCCCGUGGCUCUCUCCAAUCCAAAUUUGCUGUGCGGCUGGCAACGAUCCCUGGCGAUGGGUCAAGCAUUGUAAUGUCCCCGGUGAUGAACGUUGGACCCCAUUUCAUUGUAGCGGGCCUGGUUGAGUAAACGCUGUGCCCCGGCGUGAGGUGCGGUCAGAUUCACAUGGAACGGACGACAGUCCACAGUGACAUGCGUAAGCGCAUUUCUCAGGCGGCUCAUGGGCCUACUCGCCUCGAGCUUGGUUUGAUUGCCUCUAGGCCGGUUCAGCGGAGCACUUGGUACUUGCAUAGUGCUUCCCUCGAAUCAUCUAGGAGGUCCUCAGCGGAACGGUCUGCGGGCGGCCCUGGCUUGGUCAGAGAACCGGGACCACCAGGUCUAUACGCCGGCCAAAGGUACAGGCUACGAGGGACUGCAGGCUGCUGUUCUGUCCUGGGUGGGAACAGGCUCUGGCAGUGUGGCCUGGGGGCACAGCGAUAUUGCGAAGUCCGCAGGUGUGAAUUUCUUCUCAGCCGUCAAAGCAAGGUGCAACAACCCCAUGCAUGUUGCGAAUCGAUCGUGGCACAGCGAAGCAACUACACAAUGCAUGGUAACGUGCCAUGCGAUGAUGGACCAUUCUAUCAG